GGAGUGUAUGCUGCAAUGCGGUUCAACCUCACAUACGAGUACCUGUUUCGUCCGAACGAAGGUCGUACAAAAUUGCUAUCACAAUUUGAUGGCACUUCCUCUUCUCUUCAUUCAGUUAUGAUCAUUAGAAUAUCAUGGCUCCUGCAAGUAGUUGUAUCAAUAGCUAUUGUGGUGAUAUCAGGUAGUCCUAUAUUUUUUGAAGAAACCAAUAAAUCUGGAAAAGCCUUAAUAAAAUGGAGGCCUCCUAUGGACAAUUGGAAUUGGACCGAGUCACCUCGCCACGAGGUGCCAUUUUUUAUGCCUGCCAACUUCACGCACAAGCUGCCGCCUUCAGCUAACGAAACAGAACUGAUCGCUCACAUGGCUGCUCUAAAAAGAAAUUAUUCUCGACUCCUCUGGGACAACGACAAGAGUUCAAACUUGCCUUUAUUCGUGGAUAAGGCAUUAAAAUUACUGAAUUUAAAACAGGUCUACUAUGAAGUGGAAACUUCCGUUAUGUCGAAAGUGUCGUGUACGGCAUGCAAAGCGGGUGCAGGACUGUUACAGCACUACAUCAGACUUGGUAAAAGUAAAGAAGAAAUCGUCAAAAUGAUCUUUCAAUUCUGCGUUUCACUCAACAUUCAGUCGACUCGCGUAUGUGAAGGCGUCACGAGACUUUUUGGAAGUGAGGUUGUAUACGUGUUGAAGCGUAUAACAAUUGGUCCUAACGAGAUAUGCAGUUUCGUGAUUGGUGACGCUUGCGGGGACGUGUACAACCCUUACCACGAAUGGGAAGUGUCGUUUCCGCCGGUUCCGAAGCCCCAAGUUCGACCUCUGGACGUCCCGGUGGACAAGGCGCCUACCUUCAAAGUUUUGCAGAUAUCGGAUACUCACUUUGAUCCCUACUACGCAGAAGGUGCGAAUGCGGAAUGCAAUGAGCCGCUGUGCUGUCGGGCGUCGAGCGGGCCUGUGAUGACCCCCGGCGGGGGCGCCGGUCGCUGGGGCGACUACCGCAAGUGCGACACACCGAAACGGACCAUAGACCACAUGCUCAAGCACAUAGCUGACACACACAAUGAUAUCGAUUACAUAUUAUGGACAGGCGAUCUGCCACCUCACGAUGUGUGGAACCAAACGAGAGAAGAAAAUUUAAAAGUAUUGCAAGAGACGGUCGCUCAAAUGUCGGACAUGUUUCCUGGAGUCCCUAUAUUCCCUGCUCUAGGCAACCACGAGGCUUCUCCAGUCAAUAGCUUCCCGCCGCCUUUCAUCUCGUCCCCGGAGUCUAGUAUUUCCUGGCUAUACAACGAGCUGGACGCGCAGUGGCGCCGCUGGCUGCCCGCUGGAGUCUCGCACACGGUCCGGCGCGGCGCCUUCUACUCCGUGCUCGUGCGCCCUGGCUUCCGCAUCAUAUCCCUCAACAUGAACUACUGCAACAACAAGAAUUGGUGGUUAUUAAUGAACAGCACAGAUCCAGCGACAGAAUUGCAAUGGCUUAUAUACGAAUUGCAAUCAGCUGAGUUCAGUGGAGAGAAAGUGCACCUGAUAGGCCACAUACCGCCUGGACAUUCAGACUGCUUGAAAAUAUGGAGUAGAAACUACUACGCAAUUAUUAACCGAUACGAAGCGACUAUCACUGCUCAAUUCUUCGGACACACUCAUUACGAUGAGUUUGAAGUUUUUUAUGAUCCAAAUGAUCUUGGUAGAGCUACAAGCAUAGCUUAUGUCGGUCCAUCAGUGUCGCCGUACUAUGACCUGAAUCUGGGGUACCGAAUAUAUUACGUGGACGGAGACCACGAGGCUACGACGAGACAAGUAAUCGACCACGAGACGUGGAUCAUGAACCUGAAGGAAGCCAACCUGUUCGGGUACCCGAUCUGGUACAAGCUGUACUCUGCGCGGUCGGCCUACUCCAUGCAAGCGCUGCGCCCGGCUGAUUGGGACAAGUUUAUUGACGAGAUGACUGGCCGCGACGACCUUUUCAACCUAUAUUAUAAACACUACUUUAAGAACAGUCCUCGUCGAGGCACUUGCGAUGGGGAAUGUCGCAAGCGGUUGGUGUGCGACGCGCGGUCGGGACGCUCGCACGACCGCCGCGCGCUCUGCGGACACAUCGAGGCCCGCAUCGACGGCGCUGCGCCGGCGCCGCAGACCUGGCGGGCUUGGUUUUAUAACGGAUUGUCUGUCUCGUGAGUAAUGUGUCGCUGUAGUAAUGGGCUGGUGGAAAUUGUUUACUCUACGAAUCAGCAUGACGCAAGCGCUUUAGGUUAUGUUGCUGUCAAUUACCAUUAUUAACUACUGCAACUACAAGCUUUCAAAGACUCAGAAUUGUAAUUGAUUAGGUGGCUACCUAAUAUUCCAAUGAAACCAAAACUUUAUGUAUACAUGAAAUGCUUUGUAUAAAGCGAGAUUGUUGGUGGAAGCUAUUAUAACGACUAGUGAAUUGACUAAAUGACAUUUGAAAAAAGAUAGGUAAACCACACAAUACGUUUAGUUCAUUGUAUAAUACAGUACCUACAGAAAUCACAGAACACAAAAUACCGAUUUUGAUGAAAUUUUAUACGUAGGCACACUUGAUAGGUCUGAUUCAUAUACCUAAAUGGUGAAAGUGGUCCGCUCGAGCGAAGCCGGGACGGGCCGCUAGUAUAUGUUUUAUAACUCUGAUCUGAAAUCAUUUAAAAUAUACACAAAUAUACCUACUAAUUUCUUUACAAUAUCAAAGGUGGUGAGGAUCGUAAAUCUACUACUUACAUAAUGUCAGGCAUUUAAGUACAAAUAGUAAUCGUAGAAUAAAAAGAUAUACAUAUCAUAGAAUGCCUUUUGCUUGCAUGAUUCAAAUACGUAUUAUACAGAGUACUUCGGAGAUGGGUUUACGAUACGAUACGAUCGGAAUAUUUUCUGUACUCUAUAGGCUAUAAUUAGGAAACAUUUUGGUAGUCUACUGUAAAAUAAUAUUGGUCGUAAAUCAGUCACGUAGAUGACCCCUAGGUACUUGAGUGAUGCAAACAAGUAGUAGUACUUUCUACAAGACAUGUACUUUUAAGCUUUAUUUAACCUACUUUUCUUUGUAUGCAGACCUAGUCCUAUUGUACAGCAAGUAUGAUCGGUGAUGGAUAUGUAUAUCCCGCACGUUAGCUACAUAAGGUUGGUACCUAAUACUAAUGCAGACAAGGGAAGAAAGGUAUCUCUUAUCUAUGUAUAUAGUACUAUCGAUUACUACAUUUAAUACUGGCGUAGUAAGAAGGGUAGGUAAUAAAAUUAACUUACUACUGGUAGUAAGGGAGAAUACGAGACGAGACGAUGCGCGACGGCGUAGAGACCAGACGUGAGGUGAUGGAUAGAAUGGACCCUUGUUGCUGCCCUUAUGGAACAGGCCUUAAUUUUCGAAUGUGACUAAUUAACAUAAUAUGAUAAUUUAAUAUUUCCACACUUUUUUGUCAAACGUCUAAAAUAACAUAAAAAACACAUGGUCUACAUAUGUAUAAUUUUCAUGUUUAACGUUUCAUGUACCUACAUAAUAUGACUUACGAACCUAUGACUCACUUAUUGGAUUGUUAUAAAACAAUUGUUACUGAUAUAUUACAGGAUGUCAAUGAUAAUGAAAUUACCUGAAGUCGCCUACCAAAUACCAAAGUUUGUGAUGGGACUUGGCUGAAAGACAUGUCCGCAACAUUAUGAGAAACUCGUUAACUCACCACCACCGGAUUAGCCAUUACAGAUAUUUAUUCAAAAUAAUAUAAAAAUAUUUUCAUUACACGAAGUUUUAUUGAACUUUAGAAAUGUAUUUCAAUGAUAUCAAAAAUGUUUUUGAAUGGUGGCCCACAAUUUGGAGUCUAAAAUGUUGUUUUGUACGAUUUUUAUUUUUGUAAAUACUUAUACUUAAUUGUAAAUGUGAAAUAAAAAAUAUAAUUCUGA